GGAUUAACCAGCUACACUCGUCGUUGUGUUUAAAAUACCUUAAUUUUUUUAUCGUUAUUUAAAAAAGGUGUGACUUGGCACGAUAAGGUACGUACUUAUUUCGGAAAUAGCGAAAACUGCUAAUAAGUGGCGGCAAACAGAUAGAUAACAAAAUUUAGUCGUUGUCGCCGCGAGUGAAGUAGGUUAAGAGAAAAGAAGAGUCAGUUACAGGUGGAGUUUCAACGGGUGAAAUAUGAAUGGUUCUCGUUCGAUCGUUUUUUGAAUUUUAAAAAUAUGAACGUGCGCGUCCUUCGCGUGAUCUUGAUUGUGAUCGCGAUUAGUUGUGUCAAAGGACAACAAAAUGAAUAUAACUAUGGGAACCCGGCUCAGAGAUUCCAGGAUGGUCAACGAAUCGAUAUUCCUCAACGGUACGACCCGCCUCAGCGAUACGACCCUGCUCAAAGGAAUCGAGAUGAGCAACGAUUUAGAGAUGCAGCUGCGGUGACACCCAGACAGCCGAAUUAUCAGCAGCCUGGUCAGCUGGAUACCAAUAAUGUGUUUCAAAGGCCUUCGUUUAGGUAUCAACAAAGGACUAACAACAGGGGCAGAGGACAGUAUGACGACAUGUCGUAUCGAUACGCACCUGCUACUCAACGACAAGGUCCAAACGGAGAAGUAUUCGUUAUAACCGAUGAAAGACUCAGGGAAAUAAGAUCUGAAUUCAUGUAUUGGUAUUUCGACAAAGGAGGAGACGACGAUAAUGGCGAUCUACAAAUACAUAUUCAUCAUUCGAAUCCUCAAGUUCAUAAAAAUUUCAACUUCCAGUUACCAUUCUUUGGCUUCAGGUUUAAUUACACCAGGGUAUCGAUGCACGGAUACUUGGAAUUCAGCGACCCUCCACCUCAGCUCUCGUAUCCGUUGAAAUUCCCAAAUAAAGACUGGCCGAGGAAAAAUGAUCCUUCAUUCAUUGGAAUAUUUUAUAGUAAAUGUCGAAUCGGAGUGCUCAAAGCUGAAGAUAUCGAUCACCGCAGACCAGGAGUGUAUUUUAGGAUGGAACGAGAUUUACAAGGAAGAACUGAUCAAUUUGGAGUUGAAAUGAGAGAAAGACUCAAGUGGGAUAUUCGCGAAGGUGUAGUAGGCGCAGAUACUUUCGAUCCAAAACACGCUGCCAUUGUAACUUGGAAAAAUAUGUCUUUCGCUGGAGGAUUUGCCAACUCAAUUUAUGUGACAAAUACUUUCCAAUUAAUUUUGGCCACCGAUGAAGUCUACACUUACGCCAUCUUUAAUUACGCUGAAAUGCAGUGGACUAGUCAUACAGAAGCUGGAGGUGAUACGACUCUGGGAGAAGGAGGUGUACCAGCCUAUGUCGGUUUCAAUGCUGGAAAUGGUACCAGAAGCUACGAAUAUUACCCUUAUUCGCAACGAUCUACCAUACGAGAUUUAGUUGGCAGAGGAUGGGCUAAUGGAUUUCCUGGUAGACAUAUCUUCCGUAUAGAUGAAAACAUCAUGUUGGGUACUUGUAAUAAAGAUGCAGCCGGUACUGCACUUCCUCUCGUUUUCGCUCCCGAAAGCGGUAAUAUGUUAGGAGGCACUAUUAUCAAUAUCACCGGACCAUGUUUCGAGCCGAAUAUGAAAGUGAGAUGCAAAUUCGAUACAGAGGAAGUAGUAGGACGUGUAAUUGAUCGCAACAGAGCCGUAUGUGUUCAACCUUUCUUGAUGGUCGAGGGCUACGUCAUCUUUGAUAUUGCUAUCGGUGAUGAAAAAUAUAAUUGGAAAGGGAUGUUUUUCGUUGAAACACCAGCUACAGCAACAGAAAAAAUCUCCAUCGAGUCGGAAUGGAUACAUAAGACCGAUAUGAGGCAGAAUAUCGUUAUCACCUGGAAUCGGCAGAAUUUGACAACCAAUUACGAAGCUCGACUCAGACUAACCCUUUGGGGAUACAAAGAAACCACCAUUAGACCCGAAUUAUUGUAUAUUGAUAUCCUCGAAGACAAUAUACCAAAUACCGGGUCAUAUGUUCUUUACCCGGAAGUGUAUUCUUCUCGGGAUAAUGCAGAAGUUCGAGACUUGGAAUUCGGAUUUUUACAAAUCACCUUAUCUGAUCCAGGAAAAUAUUUCCAGCAUGGACUUUCACCAGUGCUUUGGAGUAAACCUAUACCACUGGGAUGGUAUUUCGCGUCUCAAUGGGAACGAGAGCACGGAGCUCGGUGGCCCGAACACCUGUGUGAUAAGUGGAUCAAAAAUGACAGAUAUUUGAAAAAUUUCGCUGCUGAGAUUCCUCAAUGUCCUUGUGUUCUGGAACAAGCUCUUGCGGAUAAAGGGCGUUAUCUGCCAGAUUAUGAUUGUGAUAUCGUGUCCAACCCUAGCUGUUUUUACAAUAAAGGAGCUCGUCAUUGCGUGAGAACUGGAGCUCCUAGUUUGGAGGGCUCGGAACAACAAUGUUGCUACGACAAAAAUAACUACCUUAUGCUGACUUACGACCAACAGUGGGGCUCGAAACCCCGACGAUCUCAUAAUCUAGGUUAUUUACCAUGGAACGAAGCUAACAAAGUACCUACACUAUCUCAAUGGUUCCACGAUGUGACCCCAUUCUAUAGUUGUUGUCUUUGGCAAGAAGAACAAUCUGUAGGCUGUGAAACUUUCCGAUUCGAAAGACGUCCUACUCAAGAUUGCAUCGCGUAUCAAUCUCCUUAUGUCGCUACGGUAUUCGGAGAUCCUCAUUUCAUCACUUUUGACGACGUAGCCUACUCGUUCAAUGGUAAAGGGGAAUUCGUUCUCGUGCAUACCGAUACUGAUAAGCACAAGUUGGAUGUCCAAGGUCGUUUUGAGCAAGUUGCGAGUAAUAUCUACGGACCUGUAAUGGCCACUAGGUUGACAUCAGUUGUGGCUCGAGAUAAUUCUUCAGCUGUAAUUGAAGUUCGUCUAAGACCUCAAGAAGCACAAUGGAGAUACAGAUUGGAUGUGCUAGCCGACGGAAAACGAGUAUUUUUCGAUAGGACGUCGUUGAAAUUACAACAUUUUCAUGGUGUUACUGUGUAUACCCCUAUGUACGUCCUGAAUCAAUCCGAAGUCAUCAUCAUGUUCGAAUCUGGAGUGGGAGUCGAAGUAUUAGAAAAUAAGGGAUCCAUGAGUGCGCGGGUCUAUCUACCUUGGAAAUUUAUUAAUCAAACUAGAGGUCUACUCGGAACUUGGAAUUUCAACGGUAUGGACGACUUUAUGUUACCCGAUGGAACCAUUUUGAAUAUAAAUACGGGCGAUUUUCGAAGUAUUCAUGAGAAUUUCGGAAUGUAUUGGAUGUUAGAAGAUAGAUACGAAAGAUACAAAGGAGGAGCCUUAUUUUAUCGAGAAUAUGGACGAACAGCGAGUUAUUACGCCAAUCGAACUUUCUUCGCCGAGUUCGCUGUUACUCCAGAACAAAUAAUUCCACAAAAUAGGUCUGACGAUAUCAAAAGAGCCCACCAAAUUUGCGGUGACUCCUACCAAUGUCAAUACGAUUACGCGGUAUCAUUAAACGAAGAACUCGCCAAAAAUACUCUCCAGUUCCAGGAUUCGUUCGUUAAUAUUAAAGCUAGAAACAAAGAUAGAGUGAUCACUUGCGGAGUGCUGGAAACGCCCAGAUUUGGUCGAAAGAGCAAUUUUCUAUUCACUCCCGGCACCAAGGUGACAUUUGAGUGCAAUCAAGAUUUCGUUUUGAUCGGUGACCAACGGCGAACUUGCACCGCAGAAGGGCGGUGGGAUGUGCCCGAAUACGGAUACACGGAAUGCCUACGUCAGCAAGAAUUUUCUUCUAGAACUCUUUGGAUUGUGAUUCCUGUAAUGGUAUUAAUAGUCGGGCCUUUGUUCUUAUUGAUCGUUUGUACCGGAUACCGAUUGGUCAUUCGGUCUAGAGACCAUGAUAGUCAGAAAACCAAGAUCAAAUCUCCUGAGCCGAUCAUAGAAAGGACUGCUGAGCCUGCUGAGACGACCGAACUACGUAGUCAAGAAGUAUAACAGAUUUGAUCAAGUAAAUUUGGGUCAAGAUUAAAAUAAUGUGUUCAUUCAUAAAUAAACAUCGAAUAUAUGUAUUAAGAUGCGAUUAUUCGUACAAUUGAAGGAGCUCUAUUCCAAAGUGGAUUAGGUCAUUUUUUAAAAAAGCACGUUUAACGAAGAUUUUUACUUCAAAAGUGGAUUAAGUGAUAGAUUUUUUAAAGUAAAUUUUUCUACAAGCAAUUGUUCGAUGUCCAAAGUAAGGUAAGGUGCACCAACCUUUGGAAACAGAACAAUUUAGCAUCAAAAACUUUAAACGCUUUCUUUGGGGAAAAAAAUGACUUGACCCACUUUGGAAUAGAGCUCUUCAAUUAUUAGGUGAUUAGUUUGAUUAUUUUUAAAAAUUUUUAUUACGGUGUUUUUUUUUUGUGAGUUGUGUAGGUAUGAUUAUCUCACUUGUUAUGUAGGUAAUUAAAUUUAUAGAAAAAUGUUCAUAAUGCCUUUUAAUAUCGCUAGAAUAGUGUUUUAGGGUCUUGCACGUAUUCUAGAAUGGAAUAUUUUGAUAGAAAUACAGCACAAAGGUCGAGAGGUGUCGUAAAAUUACUGCCAAUGUCGACGUUUUGCAUGAGCCUCUAUCUGUUAUGCUGACCUUAUAGCAUAGAAUUUUAAAAAUUCGCUCAUUAAAUUUUGUUGAUUGAGGGUUAGAGAGGUUUUAAAAUAGCUGACUUGGAUUUUACUCUGUCGUGUUUUUUUCCCAAUUUCGAAAACAGAUAAUUUUGUAACUUGGAAAGAGAAUUGAGGAAGCAAUCUGGUAUUUUUUUCAAUUUUUAGAUCUGUCUUCUUGAAUUUUGAUUUUUUUAAAAUUUUCUCAAUUCGAAUCCGCAUCCGGCAUUUCCUCCGUCGUCGUCACUCCAUAAAUGGUCAAAAUUGAAAAAUCUGCGUUUCGUAUGAGACAUUGAGCUCUACAUAGAAAAAAAAUAACAGCAAAUUAUUUAUCAUUCUAUUUCCAUUGUCUGAUCAUGGUAAGUUGUACCGAAACAACUGUCACAACUUGAAAAUGUUAAUAAACAGAGUGUUUCUCGUGAA